AUGAGUUUCUCUGUUGUCGACCACCUUUUUAUCUUCUCAUUUCUCUUUUUCAUCGUCGACAGCCUCAAAUGCUUCUCGUGUGCAUCAGUCGAAUAUCAAUCACUUUUCGAGAGAAACUCCGCGCUAGCCGGCUCAGUCAUGGUCCCAAAAUUCGAUCAAUUUUGCGACAGUGAGAGUGGUGUGCAGCAAUUUUCUCCAGUGGAGAGUUGUCGAUCAGCGUGCGUCACCGUCUUUGAGCCACAUUAUAUUGGGGGCCUCCAACUUCCCUAUCGACCGUUUGUCUACAUUCGUGGCUGUGCAGAUCGGGUCUUCGCCGCAAUGGAGACUCGACCAGCUGAGGUCGACGUAUUGCAUCAAGAUGAGAUUUGUGUUUCAUUGAAAAUGUCAUUAAUUUAUCCACAAGUGACUGCCAAUGAAAUUGUACAGGUGUGCUCUUGUGUGAACAACGCGUGUAAUCACCGAACGCAACCCUCACCCGAUUCCUCUUCAUCCACAAAUUCAAUCUCAUUCUUUAUCCUCUUUCUAUUCAUAUUUUUAGUGAAAUUU